AGUAAAGAACCAAGAGGAAAGAAAUAAAAGGGAUGAGAGGAAUUGGAGGGCCUUUGCUUACCAUAGGGGAUCUGCUUAGCGACGUUGGGGAAGAAUCCGGUGAAGCGCUGGAACACCAUCCCCGCCGUGAUGCCACUCUUCCACCACAAUCACUUCUUGAUUCCGUUGAUGCCUCGUCUCAAUCCUUGGACCUCAUCAAACUCUUCCAGGAAAACUUCGAGAAAUUGAACAAGGCACUCGAGGGUUCAGAUCAUUCAUGGACAGCUCUAACUUUAGAGCUAUGCACAGCCCUGGAAACUGCAAACAAGUUGGUUCAAUCCACCGACACAAAUGUUGGAUUGCUGUCAGAGAAGGUGAGGGAACUUGAGAGGAUUAUAAAGAGGGGAGAUUCUGCAGUUACGGCAGCCAGAGCCAUCUCCAUCUCUUUAAAGCAAGGAGGAGGAUCGUCUGUUGCUAGUCAAGACCGAGAAAUAUCCAGGUCUCCCUAAUAACAUUUAAGAGUCAUAGACCUUGUUUUCCACUUCUUUGGAAAAGGUCCCAAAAUGAUCCCGUAAGAAGAAAUUCCAACCUUUUCCAAAUGAACUUUUGAAGGUAUAUAUGCAUUAUUGUGCAUUUGGUCU